AUGAAGGUGAAGAAUCUCUGUGAAGAUGACCCAAAUACGGACGAGGUGGUUCCUAUUCCCGUGCAAAUUUUCCUAUGGAGGCAGACCACCCCCUUCGUACGACCACGACUCGGAAAAGUCCACGAUGCAGCGUGCAUGUUCUGCCAACGAGCUCCAGGGCAUCACGAGCUGAAAGAAGCCUGCAAGUCGUUCGAAAAAGUCCUAGUGCAGAACCUUCGCUUCGGCCUCUCGAUCAGUCUAUCGGAAGCUAUUGAAGCUAUUCCACGAUGGCGACUUAUACAAGCAGCUUUCCCACAUGUUAUGCAUGCCUUAGCUGCCCUGCUGCACAACAGGGUGAAAGACAACAUGCAAUCUCUGGGCAAUGUAGAGACAAAACUCCUCUACACACUUCACUGGAUUAUCCUGGAUGCCUCAGAUGAAUGUGCCGACAAUGAUUAUGAGAAUGGAAUAUUGUAUUCCAAUCCAUUCCACUACCUGUUCUCAAUAUCAGCUAUGACUUUGUUUGUCUUCCUCUUCGCGCCAAUAUCGCACCACUUAAAAGAGUCGGACUUCACAAACAACUACCGCUUGGAGAAUGGGCUGAAGAUGUGGCAAGCGUUGUGGGAGUUCCGACACCCUGAAGCCCCAUGUUUCACCACCCAUGUGAAACCCAAGCCCAGGCCUCUAGGUGGGAAAUAUAGUAAAAGACCACAACAUAGCGAUGUAUUUCUGGGAAGGAAAUUUUCUAAAGAGGAAGGCACUGUAAAUGGUGGUAGUCCACCAAGUCAAAAUGUGUCGGCUUCGCAAUCGGAAGUGGCUUCGAAACAAGCCAGUACUGAGGAUGAACCAUGGCCAGUAUCUUCUCCUAAAGACACCAUAUUUCCAGAAACUAUUCCUGAAGAAAGUUCCAGUACAGAAGAGGAACAUGUGUUUAUCUACCGUCUGCCGUCUGAACAAAAUAUGGGAGGAUCAGUAAAAGAAGCUUAUACGGUAUAUGCUGCUGAUCCUAGUCUGUUCCAACUGAGGAAACCUGAGGCUGGCAAAAGCCUCCCUGGUAUUAAACCUCUACCACAGGUUACUAAAAUGAGCUCUUCUGACAAAGAAUCACUUUCGGAUAGCGGUGGAGUGGGCCCGCAAGCUAAAGGCACGCCUACUUCUGCAGACAAGGCUCCAUCUGCGAAACAAGCUAACGUAUCAGCGGCGACGUUUUUAGACGUCGCGACAUUACGAUGUUUAUUUACAUCAACGUGGCAAGAGGAAGGUGUAUAUUGGGCUCUCCAUUACUUGUAUAACAGGUUGAGAGACAUAUGCGACGACAUCUCAAAACAAACUCAGCCGCGAAAACGUAGCAACUCUUUGCCGAUACCAAAAAUCGAAGUUUCCAUCUAUCAAAGUCCGGAAAUGAAAGAGAGAGAUUCUUUGAAGAACUUCAUGGAAGUGCCUGAGCCUAAAGAUAUAUCCCCAAUAACAGAAAUCCCUUUUCCACCAUCUCCUAAAAUGGAAGAGGAACCAGUAAUGCUUAGGCGAGCGAGCGAGAAAGUAAAACGCAAGAUGAAGAUGUCAGAUUUAAAAGCGUUUGUGGAAACUAAGCUACUUUCCAAAUCGGAGAAAGCUUUGGAAAAAAUAGGGCAAGAUGACCAUAAGUUUAGUUUUCAUACAGCGGUGAGGAUGAUUUCUGAAUACCACAGAAGUCUUGACAAUACAGAUGAUAGGCCUAAUUCUGCGCUAGGAAGCAACUUUCCGGCAUUGGCUCCACGACUUACGGGAGAUUAUCUCACCUGCAACUUAAUUAAAGGGAAAAGUAUGCCAAGUCUAAGAUAUAUCGGAGAGAUGAAGACGGAACGUGCUCACGGGCCCUCUUAUGCUAUGCCAUCAAUUGUGCAAAAAAAGAAGAAUCCCAUUAUAACCGUCACUGAGCACACCCCUACGCCGUCGCCGGAUUAUCUAUCUAAAACUGGACCAGGCUCAAUGGAAUCCCAAAUAGACUCGGUGAGCAUGCAAGGUUCUCAGCAUAUACCCACACCAGAACGCAAGCCUAGUCUCACCCGGUCGCAAACAGACUCCAACAUCACAUAUGUGGUAGAAGAAAUACAGGAAGCUCCUGGGUCAUUGCACUAUAUCACUAAGGAGGGUGAUAUCAAUUUCCAGGUGGUUCUUAAGGCCGUAUAUUCGGCAUCAACAAUGGACAGUUUCUACAUUACACUUCGCGUGAUGGAAGUAAUGUUGAAUCUAGUCGAUACAUUGAUGGAGAUAGGCGUUCAUAAGAACUGGCAGAGCGACAAAACUGACGAACUUCAUCCGGGAGCCGUCGACCCUGUAGAUUUUGGAUAUAAGGAAAGAGACUCUGGUAUACCAUGCACACAUAGUCAGGACUCCACUAACGUAGACGGCGGUGACAGUGCAAGGGAAAAAGCUAAAGAGGAAGAGAAUAUAGAUUGUCCUUAUUAUAUGAUUAUGCACAUUAUACUGAGGCUACUUCGUACUCUAGGCUGUUCGCACGGUUGCACGUCGGCCCUCCGCGGCCCGCAAGCGGAAUGCCUGCGAGUACAAGCGAGGAACUCCCUCCGCGCCCUCCGCUCUGCUUCGAUACCCAAGUUUACAGUGCGCCUGCGCGAAAUGACUAAGUUUGCCCCCAUCAGAGAGGUGUUGGACAACUUGCACGCUACCAUCGGAUUCUGUGCUGAGCCUACGGUUUCGCCUAUGAAUCAACAGAAACGUAACUGCGCCAAAUAUCCCGACAUGAGUCACUUGCAACAGGGAUAUGCGUCGAACUUCGGGCAAGGAACAGGGCCGAACAUAAACAAAGCCAUAGAAACAUUCAUCAUUGAGUCCGUGUUCAGAGUACUUGUCACCAGAUUCGCCCUCAUGCAUAAGGAAUUGAAGAUGCUCGAUAAUUCGGCAUUAUAUAUGGAAGUCCGUCUUCUACUAAGCUACGUACGAGAAGCCCACGGUAGUGAGUUCAGAGUGGUAGCUCUAAGCGCCCUGAUGGACACCGCUGAAAAGCCCGACAGUCCAAAUAGGGACUCUAACAUGCAAACUACUAGAGUUAUCAGACAUAUCCCUCGAUACGUUGAAGAAGACCGUGGGUCAGACACAGGUGCGGACUCUGGUUGCGUGGUCGAUGAAAAAUCUAACAAUAACAAGAAGUUUACCUUAAAAAAAAGAAGCACUUCGUCGACCGGAGCCCAUUUCAGUGGAUCACCAAAAGGUAGAACAAAAGGCGAUGGUCGGUUUGGAUACUUGACACACUUAGUCGCUGCGGGCCAGCAAGAUCUGUUAAAAAGUUUACUAGACACAGACGGGGGUGAGGAAUCGGCCAGUCAGUCCCCUCUGUCAGUGAGGACGCGACGCUAUCAGCUGACUCCUAGACAAUCCGAGCGCACUAUACCGUCAGCUGACAUCACGCCGCACCACAAGUCCCAAGGCCACUCCAAGUCUAUACAGUCCAAGUUCCAUAUUAGUGGGAUCGUGAAUUGGUUUCGUCAACGUCCACAAUCAAGUCAAUCGCCAUCAUUGCUUCGUAAUGGCGGCGGGUCGGGCGAGUCCCUGCCAAUAUCUGGUAGUAUGGUGUCUCUCGCGCGACCGCCGAACGCGCCGCCGCUUCAUACUAGCAGACCCGUGCAUGUCAAACGAAGGGUUGGAUACACUCUUAACAGAGCGAGAAAGAGAGUAGAAGAUAGACUGAACAGAUUCGGCUUAAGGAAGAUGGGGAAGAAAAGAGAUGGGAGUAUCGAAGACGACAGACCCGGCGGUUAUAUGUCUCGCCGAGGCUCCGCAGAAGGCUAUUCAGGCGGGGAAUCAGAAGUGGUGGUACUCAAGCGACGUAGAUUGGUAGCCGCCGCGCCGCUGUACGCGGGCCUCGCUCGUUUCAGCCUCAUAUUGGACGCGACACAGCCCGGAGCUACGCCUGACGCGCUUUUCAUGGCCGCACUCUUGGAUUUGCCUCAUACAGUAGUAGUGGCAAGAGCAGCAAUACUCCUAGAAUGUGCACACUUGGUACAUAACUGCAAUAAAGGUCAAUGGCCUUACUGGCUCAAAUCGACUGUAGCUAAAAGUACAGCCUCUUCAAGUCCACAACUAAAAAGGCAACGCUUAGCCGCAAAGCUGUUCUAUCAAUGGGCUGAGGCUAUAGGAAACAGACUGGAAGAGAUGUUGAUAGAAGAUAAAAAACACAUCGAGGCAGUGUCAAAUCUCGUGGCCGAUCCCGAAGGUCAGAAAGAAUUGCUUCAGCAAGACGAAGAGGAAGACUUUCUUGAUGAGGCCAGUAUACGAGUACCUGGUCAAACCAUCGGAUCAGAAUGCCCUAGGGCUCUUAGAAUGGUGGCCUGCGUUCUUCUGUUUGAAAUUACCGCUUUUCUUCGAGAAACCUGCCAGAACCUACCAAAAACCUGCCGUUCCUCUCUCAAAGAAAGAGGACCAUGGGACCGAGUAUACAGGGAAGCGAACCGCCGAUGGAGUAUGGCUCUAUCGAGCAUGGGACAUUCACAAGCAUCCGCACAAAGUUUGCAAUCUAUAGCAGGAGCCGAAACUGAACGUAAAAUUUCAUUUGUACUCCAUGAACCAGAAAAUGUGUCUGGAGGAAGUAAUGUUACGUUAGCGGAUGCGAUACCUCCAUCGGCCGAUGACAAGAAAGGUCGACUUUCGUCAAGAGGAGGCAAAGGUGCCAUGCUUAGACGGAACACGCAACAAGCCCACAGCGCUUUUGGAUCUUUCAAACGACGCUCUAUUAAACUACGACAGAAAGACGUUAAAGACGUAGAUGAGUUUGUAACUCGAAGAUCAGAUUCCAUACAAAGCAGAAGGAAAGUAUCAUCGCUCUCGGAUAGAAGCGAUACUUCUGAAGUCUACCCUGGGACAGGUGGCACAGUAAUUAUGCCGAAUGAAGACAGUGGCGGCGAGGAGAGUCCUGGAGUGCUCUCUGACGACCACGACCACCCACCGGAUAGUCCCGACAGUAAUUCCACUGACCCACCCGAUAAUAAUAAAGGUUAUCCCUGGCUCAAGGUAAUGGUAAAUUUCCUGAAUUCCUUCAACUACGGCUGCACCCACCAAAACUUUUGCCAUCCAUACUGUUUCCGUCGCAAUAUGCGAGCUAGUGCGCGACUUAUGAAAUCAGUGUUGAAGAUAUACGGUGAGAAGUUCGGUCCAGAAAUAAACGCAACAAAUUCUGAAGAGGGUGUUGGAAAUGGGCGUAGAGGACGACGUUCCCGGAAACCUUCUGAGCAUUCCACCGACAAGAUCGACCGGUCAGUGAUAGAAAGUGCGGGACUAGCGUACCGGGCCGCAGGAGUAGAACAUUCCAUGCCGCAUGCGGCGGAAGCCCCUCCGGUUACUAAACCUGGGUCCAUACCGUACCCCCCAGCCGACCCACCCGCUAUACUCAAGUAUCUGAAGUCACAGGUUCGCGACGCCUACCACACGCCUCUAGCAACGUUAGUAAAAGGUGCAACGACGAUGGGUGAGGAGAUGUUCGUGGAAUGCGCUCCAGUAGCGUGGCAACUCGUACUAGAAGCAGACAGGGAACUCAGUGCGUGUGCCGCGGCUCUCUUCAUACUGUGUGCUGUGAAGGCACCUACCACUGCUUCCGAGAUCAUGCAUAAUGACUUGAAACACGAGGAUCCGGGCAUCAAAAUCAACGCAAUUCUAAGAUUUCAAGUGAUGUGGAAGCUACGUUACCAAGUGUGGCCCCGCAUGGAAGAAGGGGCGUCAAUGACCUUCAAAGUUCCCCCUCCAGGCAUAGAGUUCACUUUGCCGUCACCGAAGAUUGGCAUUGAGUCACUUGCUGUCGUGGACCCGCCGUGGAGCCCGCAGGUUAAGGAUAAAGAUAUGGAGAUGACAUUGAAUCAGGAAAGACAUCGAUCACUAGUAACAGCUACAAAAACUCGCAAGAAACAGCAGACUGAGGCUAUAAAGCGGGCGUUGCAACAGCGCAUUGAUAAGAAGAAAGCGGAGAGAGAGAGUUUCCUGAUCACCACCAUACCGAUCACUCGACAAGCGGCGCGAGAGCCAGCCUUAGACCAUGCUGCUGAUGAUCAUAUUGAACCACCUGCUGACGAAGAGAUAGUGGAAGGCGUUCGAGGUUCCCAUCACACACAAGUGGCUUCAGCGUUGUUUCCCUCAGCACUGUGUUCCGCUGUGGCUGAAAUAGUGGCGUUAUUGGAUGACGCUGCUGUCGGGCCUAGCAGAAUUUCUGUGUAUGAAGUUGCUUAUUCGGUCAUAUGGGGCUGCCUAGUGGAAGACUCCGCGUUAUUCCUCCGUCACGUCCUGGAGCGUUUGACUCGCGACCAUCAAGACGAAAUGUUCAAACUCUUGCGCCACCUCAUUCGCUUCAUACCGCGUUUGCCGCAACAGGCUGCGUUCGCGUUGUACAACUAUAUUAUAGGAUAUGUCAUGUUCUACGUGAGAACACCGCAUGAAGACGGACAGAGACUCAUCGGGGCGGCUUUGUCUAUAUUGUGGAUGGUGGUACACAGUGUUCACGGUAUCAUGUUCAAAGACUUGAAGCAGAUAUUACGUAAAGAACAAUGCGAUGCCCACAUACUCCUCACAGCUAAUGUGCCGGCUGCUAAGAAGAUUAUCGUACACGGGCCAUCCGAUAAUGAGGGCAGCAUUCCGUCUCAGUUCCCUGUUCAAGAAGACACGCAAUUUUCUUUGAUAUUGAAAGAGUCCCUCGACUUCUUUGGCAUCCCAGAAGAGUUACAUGGAGAACACUUUUUAGUGGACUUCAAAACACGUCAAAUCCAUAAUCCACAAAACUACGUUCGUGAUCACUACUUCUUCAAGCGGUCCCAGUAUCCGCAACUGGGCUUAGUACAUAUGGAGCCUGAAGAAGCGUUUGAAAAGUUACAACAACAAGAACUACUACUUAAAUUUAUUGAAAUCGGAAAAGUACUUCUCACUUGGGCUAUCCUGAAGAACGUUGACAUGGUGGUACAACGCGUAGUGUUCCUCCACGACGAGCUAAUGAAGCUGCCAUCAUUUCCUCGCAAAGCGCUGGAGUCUGACCUCGCUCUGUAUAGUCGAGGACCGCUUGGCUCCACUUUACUCGGACUCGACGUUUUACAUAAAUUUAUGUGGGUACGCCUAAUAGCGCGUAUGUUCGAGGCAAUGGCGGGUAACUUCACUUCUUCUCGAGACAUACAUCUAUUCCUGAACGUUCUCAACGGCGCGCUGAUGUUGCACAGCGAGGAUUCAUUGAUACUCAGAUACGUAAUAGCUACUUACGUCAACGCUGCCUUCAAUUUUAAGAAUAUUUUCUCUACUAAUGGCUAUCUAUUAAUAAUGCCAACUCUGUUGCAAAUAUACUCAAACUACCAGACGAAUAAGUUGGUGACUACUACAAUAGAGUAUGCCGUAAAACAGUUCUAUCUACUGAACAGAAAGCCCUUCAUUCUGCAAAUGUUCGGCUCUGUGUCCGCCAUCUUAGAUACCGACGAAGAAGCUGCUUUUGGAGAUGCUAGUAAAGUACAAUCGAGUUGCUUAUUCAAUCUACUCCUAAGUUUGGAGACUCCAUCACCAGAUCCUCUUCAUAUAGCAGAACUGAUCAAGGAAGAGAAACCGUUGAAACCAAUAGACUUCUGCUAUCGAGAUGAGGACGAAAUGGUCAAUGUACUUGAUUGCAUCAGUCUUUGUGUCAUGGUCGUGUCCUAUUCUGCUGAGAGCAUGAGAGGCUAUCAAAUGCUUAUUAUCUUAGAAGCUAUCCUACCUUGCUACGUGAAACAGAUACAACUACCAACAUAUAACAGAGAAGGCAAGACAGAGAAAGAAAUAAUUCAACAACUAGCUAUUGCUAUAAAAACUCUCGUCAAUAAUUGUGAAGGACUUUCUAAAUCAUACAAUGGCCCGUACAGAACAUCUCCGGAGCACAAAGGCUCCUCCCAAAGAGGUUGUACUAGAACAACCGCUUCAAAUUUCGUGGGUCUCGACCUGAUAGAAGAGGAGUCGCACUCACGCUUUGCUCAUAGCACGGAUCACUCGCGACUACCCCCCGUAUCUGACUUCACCGGCGCUGAUUCCGAGCUGAUCCGGGCGGAGUACCGACGUCCUAGAGACGUCUUACUGUCGUUGGUGGGAGAGUUCAUUGACCGAGCUACCAUAAGGCUUCUAGACUUGAACGGAUCUAAAGGAAGUGGUGGGAGCGAAGGAAAACCUGUGGAGCUGCUCGAUUCCAAGUCACAUGCUCGGUUAGCGGACAUAGCCCAUGCUCUUCUAAAAGUAUCUCCUUACGAUCCUGAGUCUAUGGCAUGCCGCGGCUUACAACGCUAUAUGCUGCUGGUAUUACCAGUUGCUGAUUGGGCGGAUGACGCGCUACGACCUUCCCUCAUUAUGAUUUUAAGGCGACUUGACAAGGUCUUCAUGAAGAUUGCCAAGAAGCCUAGUAUAAGGAGAAAUACCCACUGGGACGCGGCGGCAGCGCUGUUAAAAGGCGUAUAUGAAACUAUGAUUCGGUGCCCGUACAUUAUGCAUUGGCAGCAACUCAAAACCCUACUCAGCACUGUACAAAUGCUAAUAGUAAUGGAUAGCGGCAGUGGAGAGAACCUGUCAUCGGCCACGGCAGCUCUUAUGAGCCAGCCACCACCUUCCGGUUUCUGCAGCAUGGUCGUCAGACUGAUCGCCUUACAAGUUGUUAAUACUGGGGACAGUUACUCAUUAGAACAGUUGUGUGGAGGCAGCACAACGUUCCCUACAGAGGAAAAAACGGAAAACAUGCUAAUGAAUUUGUUGAUGCCAUUGUGUAUACGCGUGGGUAGUGGCAGACGAGACGUCCCACCACUGCGUCAAUCAGACGUGAGCUACAUAGUAUCGGUGGUUCUAAACGCGCUGUGCCCGCCGGCGCUCCCUGGUCAGAUCUCCGCAGUGAACGCCAAACUCAACGCAUCAGAUGCACGCACCAACUCUCUCACCUUUACCGGGAGUAGGGACAUACGGAAUACUACCAGGCUCUCCAAUCAACUGUAUAGGAUCGCUUUUCUUGCAUUAAAAGUGAUGUGCGCAUGCUUCGUAAGCGAGCUGUGCAACGAAUGGGGCCGGAUAGCGCGCGCCAUGCGGGAGCUAGGCAAGCGGAAUGAGGCCGCGCGCCACCUGUGGGACUUCCUCGAGUAUAUAGUCACCUACCGCACGCCUCUAUAUGUGCUACUCCUGCCGUUCAUUGUGCAUAAGCUAUCCCAACCCCCAAUUGGCGACAAUGAGAGGCACAUGCAGUUCGUGGUUCGUGAGAGAGUCCGGGGACUGAAGCUUCCCGCGGCUCGCGCCAGGGGAUUCUUGCUUGCAGAACUAAACAAGGACCUGCGCAUCAUGAGGGAGUCGCACGACUGUUACAAAGCUGCAGAGCAAGUGUCCGAGGCCCUAGCGGCGGGGGGCACUAAGCGUGCGUCGGAGGUGUUCGGUCGCGCACCAGAGAAGCAGCAGCAGCACCGGCCCUCGCUCAUAUCCAUGCUGGUGUCGCGUGCCGGCCUGCCCAGGACGCCCGACCACCCCUCCGCGCCCCUCACUGCGCAGAGAGAGUCAGUAUCGAGCAGUUCGACGACGAGUCAGCACAUGCCGACCGUGGAGACAGGCAACCACAGCCGUCCCAGCGACAGCACCAAUACCAACGGGACCCCUUCGCAGACGGAUGGAUCCAUGAACAACUUAAUCAAAGAACAGAAGCCUACAGCCACCACUCCAUCGUAUACGACCAAUCAGAAACUAAGAUUUGUAUCAUCAGUGGAAUUCAAGUUCACUUCAGGAGAUACCUCAACAUCCCCACUGUCCCCGCUGUCGCCGAGCGCAGCGUCCGCAGCAGAAGACAUGCUGGAUCCAGGCGACGCGGACGUGUGUGACGACGAGCGCCCGCGGCUGCAGCGAGCGCACGGCCCUUCCAAGAGGACCUUCAAGUUCCGUCGCAGCCGACAUUCUAGUAGACCAGAGCAAUCGCACAUGCGGCUAGAAUCCGACGAGUGUUCCUCCCCGGGCCCUGACACGACGCCGCUGCGGCGGCCCUGGGCCCAGACCCCCCUGCUGCAGCCCACAGGCACUGGCGGAUUCACCGACACAUCCUACGACAGCGAGAUAUCCCAGACCUCAUCCACCUCCGGAUACAGGCUAGCAUUACCCGCCGGACAAGAAAGCUACAGUCUCCAAGUAUCGAUGACUGAGUCUCCGGGUGGUUCAGGGCGAGCGGCGCUAGCAUCGCCGGAACUACCCUCACAAAGGACCGAAUCUGCCACCCCGCAUGCGAGCCCCGACGCUUCAUUGAGCUGCGAGUCCGGUACAUCAUCGGCGGAGCGGACCGCGUUAUUGGGUGCGGCGAGUCAACGAUCUCUACUUCUCAGCAGCGAAUUGCGAGAUGAAGACACCUUACUCUAAAUUAUUACGAACUGGCAUUAAAUUUUACCUAACAACCACAAAUACUGUUUAUUGCACAGACAAAUGGACUAAACAAGCACAAGCAGUGGGUCAACAGCAAUUUCUUCCAGGCAAGCAUUAAGGUGUGGAAACUUUCAAUUUAUUGGAUUUAUAAUAAUAUAAUUAUUUAGAUCAGCCACAAAUAUACGAGUAUUCACAAUUAGUCAUUGACAAUUAGAUAGUAGGUACUGCUUGAACACCACCCUAUUUAUUAUUUCUACACUUUUUCCCUAUCUACAACAUUCCAUCCAGCUAAUUCUUUACUAGCUUUUAGUGUCCAAAUUACACAGACUUCAAUAGGAAAACUGAUAAAAUAAUUACAUAGUGUUAGUCUCAGCAAAUUGUUAAUUGUUUGUAAAUCAAUUAAUGUUUUAGGCAGAAAAUGUGAUGAAAUCUGUUUUAUUAUAUUGUUUUUUACUGUUUUAGAUAGUAAUAGUUGAAUUAUGUGGGUAAAUAUUAUAU